AUGUUCAACAGUUACGCUUACGCAUACUCGAGCGAGCCACUUAUUACCACGAGCCUACCGACAGCCACUAUCCCCAUCAUUGCGUCUCCUCAAAGCAUCGAUCCCCCCUCGCACUUUGUGCAAUCGCCGAGCCACGUUGAAAUUCACCAAGUGACAUCGUCGCCAGCCCAGCAAAAGGAAGACUCUCCUAGAUGUCGUCGUAGUAGUAGUUCUAGUUUCUACGGCGCUUCAUCUCAUCCCCAUGUUUCGUUCCCCAACGACGAAUCUCUUCUGGCUUUAGCCAAUGGAGUCAAGACUGAUGCUGGAUAUAUCGACCUAGACCCAAGCUCGCGCCAUUUACGAGACAGCCUCCUGCGAGAAUUUUUCAAAUACCAGAUUUUACUGGUGGAGCUCGUUGACGAAGGCUUGUUUUCACGGCAUCGGGGAGAAGACGGCAUUGAAUCCAGAUGGUAUUCUAAGUUUUUGGAGAAUACCAUACUGGCCUGCAGCUCGCGACUCAGCACUUCUGAAUCCGUGCGCAGGCUUGGGGUGAAUUACUACGAGUUAGCCAAGGAAGGUGUUUCUAAUGCCUUAUACGAACCCUCGCCUGCAAAUUUACAAGGGUUCCUUCUUCUCAGCGAGUACGAGUCUACAACAGGCAAAAACUCACUGGGAUGGAUGUAUUGCGGCAAGUGCAUCGCUUGUCGAAUGUUGACCGACCUUGGACUCCAUGAGUUAAUGUGCGAUACUCAGGAUCAAGAUCCAUCCGAAGAAGCCUGCCUCGCAUACACUCUGGCAUCAGGUUGUCUUGUAUAUGAAAAUAUCUUUGCCAUGUAUCUUGGCCGACCGAACAGCAUACCGAGCUAUGUCGUGCACUCGAUCAUGAUUCGACGCAAGCGAAAUCUGAAAUCCGACUCGGCAUGGCUUAAUGCAUGGGUAGGACUUUGCACGCCGAUGGGCAAGGUAUCCCGUGCAUUAAAUGAGAAGUCUAUUCCUAGUCCCGAUGAGAGGACGACCCUCCUGCGUGAGGCCUUUCAGGAUCUGGAGAAUUGGUACGAUGGCCUAGCCCCGGACUUACGGUACAACAAAGACUGUGUCACGGCUAUGGAUCUGGCUGGAUAUGGGCUGCACAGCCAAUACUGCAAAACCCAGAUACUGUUACGACAAUCCAUGGCAAGGCUAUCAAAUACAAGGAAGCGGCCGCAUUCUCUACUCAUAGGCGAAGCGCCGCUCUUGCCACCUCAGAACAACUUUGACCCUACAGUUUACCAAUACGCCAUCCGGAUAGCACGCCUGACGGUGACUUACAAAGAAGCUUUUGGGGUUGAAAGAAUACCCACGGUCAUGCUCGACAACUGCGUUGUGGCUGCGACUGUCAUGAUCGAAUUCGCAAACGCACUACAUAGUAGACCUGAAGACACGAUAUGGUUCAAUCAUCUUAUCAAGAGCAUGGAAGCUUUGCGAGCACAUUUUCCUGUAGUUCGGCGGAUGCUUGUGUCUCUGAGCCGAAUGGUGGACAUAUCCAGUCCUCUGCACAACAUUCUCCAUUCCUCAUCCGACGAUGGAACAUGCGCUUGUUACCGCCAAGUGCCUUCUUUACGCCCCCCUUUAAACGACGGACCUACGUCGCCCAUUCCACAGGACAGAAUUUCUACAGACGAGUCACACGUGAGGAGGGACUGGGAUUUUGAUCCAAACAAUGUGCCAGAUGUUCUUCCGUUAGGAGAAUUUGGAACCGAAAUCUUUGGUCUUCUCCAAUUUGAAGCCUAG